GAUGGAGCCGGGUAUAUAGAUGGGCGGUUAUCCCCACGUUGAAGAAGGCAGAACAGUGUAUCAUCAUCACGAUAUCAGACCACCUCAUAUCCAUCUAUCCUCAAACUCUAUUAGCUUAAUACUUCACUACCACGACUACUACUUCAACCCUCUACAACAACCACCCUACUACCAAACACCAUGUCUUCCCCAGCUGCUCAGUUUGUCUACGUCCCCAACCUAGUUGGCGGCCAGAUGCUCCGUCUUCCCGUCGAGCAAGCCGAAGCCGAGGGUCACUCCUUCACCCAGCAGCCCAUUGCUAGCCCCUCGCUCUCAUCGCGCUACACCCGCUCGUCAUCGCCCACCCCUAGCGUCGAGAGCGUUCAAUCAACCGAGUGAUGAUCUCACUCCGCGGCUACAGAGCAACAGCCAACUGCGAUGACGCAGAGGGAGAGGAAGCCUUGGACUACAACUGGCCCGCACCAGUCAAACCAAAAGGCGGGAACGGAUGUUACGCCAAGCUUCCUCCAAACUGGGGGGCCGACCUACGAGUCAAAACACCGAAACACUGAUGUCAUCCUAUCCACCAAUUACCCACAUCGAUAAUCGGCAAAAUACCUUGCACUUGCGCCAUCUCAUCACAGUAUGACGAGUCGAGCCGUUUAGUUUACGGGGAAAGCUUUUUUAGCACCAUGGGGAGAUGCCCCCCCUAUGUGGGGAAAAGGGGAAAAAGUUUUGAAAGCAUGGGGGAAGGGCUUUUUUUUUUCUUUGGCUUGGCUUGUGGAGGAUUGAGUUGUGACACGCCCAGGAAUCCUGAUGAAGAAGAGUAAAACAGCACACGAGCUUUUAAUGUACUUGGCAAUACCCUUUGGGGUAAAAAGUGUUUUGGAGGAAGGUGUCUGGAUCGAUCGAUUCAUCAUUAUAAUACCCAAUUUUUGUAGU